UUUAUUUUUUGUGACACGAAUUGAAAAACAGAAUUAACUCUUACUAUUAUAGUAUUUUCCAUAGAUAACGUUUUUUAGACACUUUGACCCGUACUAAAUACUUGUAAUACGGAUAUUGAAUGUACACGAUACUCUGUAGUGCGCAUGGACACAGCAUUCGUGCUCACACGUGAACGGCUGAUGUUCACCUUAAGCUGUUCUCAUUUUGUUGAACGAUUUACGUGUUGUCGGGUGUGUAUUUUUUGCGGGAGGGCUGCCACAUUGGUCUGGGCUCCCAGCGACACGGAAGCAAGAUACUUUUAAUCGUCCUUUUCAAAAGGUGAUGGAGGGUGGCGCAAAUUUGCUUUUCUAUGAGCUGCUGACUGAGAUUGGCCAGGGCUCCUAUGGCAAGGUGUACAAAGCCAGGGAAGUGGGAGAGGGAGGGCGCCUCCUUGCCGUGAAGAAGUUCCACUUCUGCAGCGAGGCAUCGUUGUCGUCCAACGACAACGGCAUCCCUCCCCACAUAAUCCGUGAGGUGGCGCUGCUCGAGAGGAUGAAGUACUUUCAACACCCCAACGUCGUCAAGUUGUUGGACGCAACUGCCACGCUGGUGGGGAGGUCAUUGGACCUCACUUUAGUGUUGGAGUACAUUGACCAGGACCUGUCCACUUACCUGUCUGUAGCCCAUCCAUCUGGACUCAGCCGGGACAACAUUAAGGCCGUGAUGCUGCAGGUGAUGCGCGGCCUGGACUUCCUGCACGCCAAUAUUGUGCUGCACCGUGAUCUCAAACCGGCCAACAUCCUGGUCAGCAGCAGUGGCCUGGUUAAGAUCACCGACUUUGGCAUGUCUCGUUUGUACUCCUACAACGUGGCCCUCACACCAGGGGUUGUCACAUUGUGGUAUCGAGCUCCUGAAGUGCUGCUCAAAUCUUCUUACAUGUCAUCUGUGGACAUGUGGAGCGUGGGAUGCGUCUUCGCUGAGCUCUUCCUGCUUAAGCCGCUCUUUAACGGAGUCAAUGAGGCGCAGCAGCUUCAGAUGAUCUUUGAGUUCAUCGGUUUGCCAAGUGAGGAUGAGUGGCCCCAGGACAGCCCCAUGACCUACUCACUCAACUUGGGCCCCAAGAAUCCCCACCCCCAGCUGCUGCUUUCCCUGAAACCCUACGAGAGAGACCUCCUUCUGCAAUGUUUGACCUUCAUGCCGAGCCGACGCAUCUCGGCCGCCAGAGCUCUCGAUCACCCAUUCUUCAGCCAGCACUGAGGGAAAGUAUUCGCUCCAUUGCAUGUUGUUGUUACAUGUCUGCAAAAGUAUUAUGAGCACUUUAAAAUGGACACUUUUUGUUAUAUCAAACUCAUCUGUGACGAGGCUGCGCUUUAUGUUUUGUGAAGAAAAAAAAAACUUACAGCUUUUGAGGCCUGAUCAGCUAAAUACGUCACAGAGCCAUUUCAGAUAUAUAUUUUGUAUUCAUGUUUACAACCGUUUAUAAUGACUGUUGCUUUUAAGAGCGGUACAGCCUUCUUAUGGCUGACUUGUAAACUCCAAGCAAAAAAAAAUAAAUAAAUCAUUAAAAGAGAUCUUUUUCCCACAA